AUCCCUAACUCAUUAUUAAGCUCCUCGCUCUUUGCAGACGCUCCCUGCGCCUCCCCCGCUCCGGGCUGCAGCGGCGCAGGCGCCGGGCCGAGCCGAGCGCCGAGCGGGGAGCGGGCGAUCGCGCUCCGGGCCGGGGUCCCCGGGGAGCAGAUCCUCCUCAGAAUGGCCCUUGGUGCUGCAGGCGCUGUGGGCUCUGGGCCCGGGCACCGAGGGGGCACUGGAUGACUCACCCAGUUGCAGGACCCUGCCAUCUAUGACUCCAGGCCUUCAGCACCCACCCACCGUGGUACAGCGCCCCGGGAUGCCGUCUGGAGCCCGGAUGCCCCACCAGGGGGCGCCCAUGGGCCCCCCGGGCUCCCCGUACAUGGGCAGCCCCGCCGUGCGACCCGGCCUGGCCCCCGCGGGCAUGGAGCCCGCCCGCAAGCGAGCAGCGCCCCCGCCCGGGCAGAGCCAGGCACAGAGCCAGGGCCAGCCGGUGCCCACCGCCCCCGCACGGAGCCGCAGUGCCAAGAGGAGGAAGAUGGCUGACAAAAUCCUCCCUCAAAGGAUUCGGGAGCUGGUUCCCGAGUCCCAAGCUUAUAUGGACCUCCUAGCGUUUGAGAGGAAACUGGAUCAAACCAUCAUGCGGAAGCGGGUGGACAUCCAGGAAGCACUGAAGAGGCCCAUGAAGCAAAAGCGGAAGCUACGUCUUUAUAUCUCCAAUACUUUUAACCCUGCGAAGCCUGAUGCAGAGGAUUCUGAUGGCAGCAUUGCCUCCUGGGAGCUGCGGGUGGAGGGGAAGCUCCUGGAUGAUGUACGUCCUGGCCCAGGUCUCUCCAGGUGUCCUGGGCCCAGCAAGCAGAAGCGGAAGUUCUCUUCCUUCUUCAAGAGUUUGGUCAUUGAGCUGGACAAAGAUCUCUAUGGCCCUGAUAAUCACCUCGUUGAGUGGCACCGGACGCCCACAACCCAGGAGACAGAUGGGUUCCAGGUGAAGAGGCCGGGGGACCUAAGUGUGCGCUGCACCCUGCUCCUCAUGCUGGACUACCAGCCUCCCCAGUUCAAACUGGACCCCCGCCUGGCCCGUCUGCUAGGGUUGCACACACAGAGCCGCUCAGCCAUUGUCCAGGCCCUGUGGCAGUAUGUGAAGACCAAUAGGCUGCAGGACUCCCACGACAAGGAAUACAUCAAUGGGGACAAGUAUUUCCAACAGAUUUUUGAUUGUCCCCGGCUGAAGUUCUCUGAGAUUCCCCAGCGCCUCACAGCCCUGCUAUUACCCCCUGAUCCGAUUGUCAUCAACCACGUCAUCAGCGUGGACCCAUCAGACCAGAAGAAGACAGCAUGCUAUGACAUUGAUGUGGAAGUGGAGGAACCACUGAAGGGACAGAUGAGCAGCUUCCUCCUGUCUACAGCCAACCAGCAGGAGAUCAGUGCUCUGGACAGUAAGAUCCAUGAGACGAUUGAGUCCAUAAACCAGCUCAAGAUCCAGAGGGACUUCAUGCUAAGCUUCUCCAGAGACCCCAAAGGCUAUGUCCAAGACCUGCUCCGCUCCCAGAGCCGAGACCUCAAGGUGAUGACAGAUGUGGCUGGCAAUCCUGAAGAGGAGCGUCGGGCUGAGUUCUACCACCAGCCCUGGUCCCAGGAAGCCGUCAGCCGCUACUUCUACUGCAAGAUCCAGCAGCGCAGGCAGGAGCUGGAGCAGUCGCUGGUUGUGCGCAACACCUAGGAGCCCGCGAACGAGCACCACUUUGGACCAGCACUUGGCCCUGGGCUCUGGCCUCACCCCUCUGCCGCCUUGUGGGGCAGGGAAGACUGGAUUAAAGGUCAUUCACCUGA